AUGGUGGGCACAGUGAUUAUCACCGGUGCGACCGGCUCACUCGCGCUUGAAGCUGUGCAACAACUUCUGUCAUCGCAUCCCUCGUUGACCAUUGUUGGCACUGUCCGAAAUGCAACGAAAUCCCCCCCAAGUCCUCAGUUACUUCGACUGCAAGAGAUUCCAAACCAGAAUCCUUCCAGCAAGCUCUUGAUUAAAAGUGUAGAUCUGAACUCGACUUUGGAAGUACGAGCAUUCUCGGACGAAAUUGCUGGCCUGGUGGAAUCUAACGAACUUCCACCCAUUUCCACCAUCAUUUGCAAUGCCUUCACAUGGUCGCUAGACGGCCAGCAAUUUUCCAAAGAUCGGUUAGAAUCUACAUUCCAAGUCAAUCAUCUUGCGCAUUUUUUGCUGGUUCUCAAACUUCUGCGGAGCAUGGACCCUCGGACGGGUCGAGUGGUCAUGCUUAGCUCUGAAGUUCACGAUCCUGAACACUCCAACGCUCUUUCCAAACUGGGUGCAGACCUUCCCUCUAAUGAGAGUCUCGAUAUAUUGGUCAACCCUGGUGCAGAUGAGAUUGGAACAGAACAUGAUAUGGGCUGGCAACGAUACGCAAACAGCAAGCUGGCCAAUGUCAUGUUUAUGCAGAGUUUAAACAAACGACUACAACAGAAUCCGCAAUUCAACAAGAUCACCGUGACUGCUAUGGACCCAGGCGGUCUUGUGAACUCCCGGGCCCAUGUCGUCCAGCGUUCGGUCACUCGUAUCUUAUUUAGGCUGUUCGCGCUUUUACUUCCAGUGAUCAAGCUUUUUACUUACAGACUUCGGUCGAAUUCGGACUCGGCCCGAGAUGUCCUAGCGCUGGCUUUGGCCCCUGAGUACGCAUCAGUGAGAGGCCAUUUCAAUGGAAGGAAGCCUCAACCCCCUGCGCGUGUAAGCGAAGACGAGGCAAAGUGUGAGGCUAUUUGGGAGGCUUGUUGGAACUGGGUUAAUAUGAACGAGGGCGAGACAUGUGUUCCUAAGAGUUACUCUUGA